AUGGCAGACCUCGGAUUACAGGGUCGCAAGACCUUCAAGGUCUUCAACCAAGACUUCAUUGUCGAUGAGAGAUACGUCGUGACGAAGGAACUUGGCCAGGGAGCUUAUGGUAUUGUAUGCGCCGCGACGAACCAACAAACAAACGAAGGCGUUGCGAUCAAGAAGGUCACGAAUGUUUUCAGCAAAAAGAUCUUGGCAAAGCGCGCACUGCGAGAGAUUAAGCUGCUCCAGCAUUUCAGAGGGCAUCGCAACAUAACAUGCCUUUAUGACAUGGAUAUUCCGCGACCCGAUAACUUCAACGAAACGUACUUAUACGAAGAGUUAAUGGAAUGCGAUCUCGCGGCCAUUAUCCGGUCCGGGCAACCCCUCACCGACGCCCACUUCCAGUCCUUUAUCUACCAGAUUCUGUGCGGACUGAAAUAUAUCCACUCGGCCAAUGUCCUUCACCGUGACUUGAAGCCUGGAAACUUGCUCGUCAAUGCCGAUUGCGAGCUGAAGAUUUGCGAUUUCGGCCUCGCGAGAGGUUUCUCCGUCGACCCUGAGGAGAACGCUGGGUACAUGACGGAAUACGUAGCUACGAGAUGGUACCGUGCCCCAGAGAUUAUGCUCUCGUUCCAGAGCUACACCAAAGCCAUUGAUGUAUGGUCCGUAGGCUGCAUUCUCGCCGAGCUCCUCGGCGGCCGCCCCUUCUUCAAGGGCCGCGACUACGUCGACCAGCUCAACCAAAUCCUCCACAUCCUCGGGACCCCCAACGAGGAAACCCUCUCCCGCAUCGGCUCCCCCCGCGCCCAGGAGUACGUGCGCAACCUCCCCUACAUGGCCAAGCGCCAGUUCUCGCACCUCUUUCCCAACGCCAACCCCGACGCGCUGGACCUGCUCAACCACAUGCUCGCCUUCGACCCCUCGUCGCGCAUCUCCGUCGAGACGGCCCUGGAGCACCCGUACCUGCACAUCUGGCACGACGCGUCCGACGAGCCUGGGUGCCCGAUGACGUUCAACUUCGAUUUUGAGGUCGUGGAGGAUGUGGGAGAGCUGCGAAAGUUGAUCCUUGAUGAGGUCGCUAUGUUCCGUGCUCAGGUGCGUGUGCAGCCUACGACGCAGCAUGGUGGCGGGUCGGCGCAGGCGGGGCAGGUCCCGAUGCCGCAGCAGGGUGGCGCGUGGGGUGCUGAGGACCCGAGGCCGCAGGAGGCAGGGUAUGGGGGGCAGCAGGCGGGGUUGGAGCAGGAGUUGCAGUAUGGGCUUGAUGCUAUGCAUGGGUAGAUUCGAGGAGUACCAUCUAGGGGGUUAUGGAUGUAGUUUUGUCUUUAGACGAGCUUUACGAGUUGAGAAGGGUUGGAUGUUGUGAGGGAGGGAGGGGGAUUCGAUUUGUUUAAUUCUCCUAAUAAAUGCAGAGCGUGCGAGAGAUUUGCUUUAUUUAUUUGGAAAUAAAAAUCUAAGAAAGCGAGAUAAGCGGAGUUAGAAAGUUGGAAAGAACAAGAGAGUUAGUUAUCACACGAGUAGGAAAGGAGACGGACAGAACCAUGACAAAAAGAUUGUAUUUUCCUUAACUAUUUUCCAACCCAUUUUGAAAGAUUCUUGAAUUCCAC